GAAAAGUGCUUGAGCAUGGGUUUGUGCCAUGCAAACAUUGGGAAUGUAGAUAAACCCUCUUGGAUAUGCUACACAGCCAGAGAGGAGCCCCACGAACCAGUACAAUUGAAUGACGGCACAAAUCAAACGUACAAAAUUGGAAUGUUACAAUCCUGGGUGCCUGAGAGUUUCGUCAUUUCAACAAUUACACAACGUGCGCCAGCCAGAAUGGACUCUUUCGAGGAGUGCCUUCAGCACUGCCUAGAAAUCUCGUGUUUUGCCGUGGCUUAUCACAGACUCGAAAAAUCUUGUCUUUUUGAGUUGGAACCCAUCGCUUUCGAUUACCGAGAUACAUCAACAGCACAAAUACCUGUAGAGCCAAACUUCGAUGUUGCAUUCUUCGUCCGACCCUACGUUGAAGAUACCGAGGAAAUACUCCCCGUUGCCGAGUUGUGCCAAGACCAAGAGGAUCUUCCAGCCGAUUGGCAAUACGGGAGCGCCUUGUACCAGCCUUUCACUGAAGAAACAGCCGCAACAAUGGAAGAAUGUAUGAUCAAAUGCAAUCCAGAUGGGGAAUGCAACAAAAGGAUCAUCUUCCGUACGGAAGAUGGAGCAUGCUUGAUUUUCCAGUCCAAAGAGAUCUUCCAUCAAGAGUCGGAAACAAACAGUGUCACCCCAAUCAACCAUUCUGGACAACAAUGUGUGAUCAAACCUGUCUUGUCCGGACGAAUCCGCCCCAAAUCAUAUUUUUGGGAGUUGAAAGAAAAUGAGCAGCUCGCGGAACCCCGUGAGCGUCAUUUCUUCUCAUCCGACACGCCCCAAUUAAAUCAGGAACGGAACGAAUGCUGGGAAUACUGCAGCCAAAUUCCCUGGUGUCAAGCUGCUAUCGAAUUCCUAUAUCAAUCUGUAGGCACAUGUCAAUUUUACGACCGAGAGGAAAGCAUUAUCACAUCACAGGAUGUUCAAACCAGGAACAUACCUGAGCCUAUCGCCGUGACUGGAAUGAUUGGAAAAAUAUUUACCGACGAGAAUUUCUGCCAUAAUGGUGGUGUACUCGGUGAGGAAUUUUCGAAGCAUUUUUUCACUACAACCGAGGCACAAUGCGAUUUUCUCCAGUUAUGCUCCAAAACUACGAUCAUAGGAACCUGCUGUUAUGUGGGUCGAGAGACCAAGCCACAACCAUUAAUUGUUAAAGGCUGCGAAAUGCAGCCUUUUCUUGCGCCUCAAGACAUCAUAGAUGUAGAUGAUGAAAUCCUUGGCAACUUUCUUAUGAUAAAUGCUACCUCUUAUGAAGAGUGCGUCCGAAGCUGCAGUUGGGAGCAACAUUGCUUUGGACUGCUUUAUAUCCCAUCUUCACAAGAAUGCGGGCGGAUUAUCCAGCCAUCAACCGCAACAACAAAGGGCACAAAUUUCGUCGAUGCCUUAAAACGCAAUGGUAACAGUGAUGACGAGGUGGAGGUUUUGAUGGCUUUUAUUAUCCCUCAUUGCCCACCUUGUGUUCAACGAGUACUGAUGCAAGAGCAAAUCUCCUUCAAAGAUGAGAUUCAAUGCACUCUCACCUCUCAAGAGUCAUGCUCAGAUGUGUACAAGACCAUCUUCAAGACCCAAGAGGUCGAGGAGUGUAAAGAGAGCUUUGUGAAAAACUGUCACAUAGAAUAUGAGAUGGUGCCCAGGACGGAGAAGGUCGAGAUUUGCCAUUCGCCUUUGACCCGAGAUUGCAAUGAAGAGGGCCCCGAGACUUGCACCACCGAAUUCGAGACCGUGUGUGACACCACCUAUCAUGAGAACGAAGUCACCGAUGACGUGGCCAACUGCAACACCGUCAAGGAAGAUGUGUGCGACUCCGAUGGCGAAAACUGUCGAAUGGUGCCGCGACAAGUGUGCCAAGUGGACACUGUAUCCAGUAAGAAGCUCACCCCGGAAAUGGAUUGCCGUCAAGAGGCUCGAGAGGUGUGUGGACCCGAGAUCUGUCCCAUUGUCCAAGGAGAGCGCAUUUGCGUCGAUGAGCUCAAGACUUUUGUGCAGGAGGUGCCGCAAGAGAAAUGCCAGAUCUCACCCAAGACGGUUUGCGACAAAGUCCACAAGGUCGUUCCGAAAUUGGAGAUGAACCAGGAGUGCAUUGAUGUGCCCCAAGAGAUCUGCCAGAGCGGUCAGGUUGAGGCCAAUAAAGAAAAGAUCCCCAUUGUGAAAGAGUGGUGCCACCUGCUGAAGGAGACUCUGCUGAAGGAGACUCAGCUGAAGAGGAUAUGUCCGGGAGGUAAACUCAUCAGCAUCAUCAUCCGAAGAAAGUUCAUCGAUCGAAGACGAUGGCUCAGCAAGGCUUCUCCGUACUCCCCUCUUUUGGAAGAACUAGCCAUCACAAGCGCGGAUCAAGAGGAUCAAGGGCACAUGGACCAAGUGACAUUGGCCAGUAGUAGCUUCUAGAAAUCGCUGAGGAAUAGUAGUCAUGAUUUAAGGACGCCUUGGAUGGCUAUUGCCGUCGGGGAUGUUAUCAUGUUCGACAGUGGGAUUUCAAAGUUAUCU